CUGGGACAUACCAUGUCGCCGGCCCUCGCCGCCAGCCUGCUCUCCCUCCUCUCCGUGGCUCUGCAGGGGAGUCCCCCUGCUCUCCCACCCAACUUCUCCCUGGUGAACGCCAGCGCGACAGGCCUGGAUUCAGUGUGCGGACGCCCACACGUGUCAGGCCGCAUCGUGUCGGGGCAGAAUGCCCAGCCGGGCCAGUGGCCGUGGCAGGUCAGCCUGAGGGAGCACGGACAGCACGUGUGCGGGGGCUCCCUGAUCACCGAGGCCUGGGUGCUGACUGCAGCCCACUGCUUCGACCAGAAGCAGCCCCUGUCCGCCUACUUCGUGCUGCUGGGUUCCAUCUCCUCCUACCCCCAGGCCGGGGAGCCCCAGGAGCUCCGCGCGGUGGCCCAGUUCAUCAAGCACCCCGAGUACUGGGAGGAGAACAACAGAGCCGACGUCGCCCUGGUGCGGCUGGCCGCACCUGUCACCUUCACUGACCUCAUCCUUCCAGUCUGCCUCCCCGAACCCGGAGACUCUCUGGGUCACGGCACCUGGUGUUGGGUCACCGGCUGGGGGAACGUCGCCACAAAUAUACCGCUGCCUCCACCCUUCACCCUGCAGGAGCUGUACCUGCCCCUCAUUGACACCCAGACUUGUAACCACUACUAUCUGGAGAAUUCCGGCACCGUCAGCCCGGGGCCCGUCAUCCUCCAGGACAUGCUCUGUGCCGGCUUCGAGAGUGGCCAGAAGGACGCCUGCGGGGGUGACUCCGGAGGGCCUCUGGUCUGCGACAUUGGUGGAGUCUGGACCCAGGCAGGCGUAGUGAGCUGGGGACAUGACUGCGCCCUCCCGAAAAGGCCGGGGGUGUACAUCAACGUCAGCAUCUACACCGCGUGGAUUGUCAACACCAUCCAGGGCUCAGCACCGGACGCCAGAAACUUCUCUCCGAUCUCUGCCGGGAUCUUCUUCCCUGCCAUGUUGGUUCUGUAUCUGCUGGGGGACACGCUCGUCUCCCUGGGCCUCGCCUGACCGGCCACCCACCCUCUGUCCUCAGGGAUGCUCUCUGGCCUCUCUCCCUCAGGAAACCACCCCCUA